AGUAUCUAUGGUCUGGAGUAGACAUAUACACUUCUGUCCUCUCGGAUUCUAUUGGAAUUGCAGACUCCCUCUUUAGGAGAACGGGUAUUUCUUGGAUUCUGCUCUAGCCCACUAGACUAGACCUGGGACUAAUCUUCCAAGAAGACUUACUCCCUUUGUGUUUUGGGAUUCUGUUGGAGAAGAUAUACUUCUUGGACUGUCUCUAACCAUAUUAUCCGGUUCUGAAUGCUGAAGCUUGUCGCUGACUCCCGGAAGGGAGGAGGUGGAGGAGGGAUUGGAGGGUGUGAGAUGCUCCCCUCACGCCCCAGUCUGUCUGUCUCCCUGCGGGUGAUCAUCUACGGAACGUGUGCCUUGGCACUGGUCAACACUGUGGCUCUCCUAGUGCUCCUAGUGCAACAGAACCAGCUGUGGAGCCGUGUGGAGCUCACCGAGGCCAGGCUGGAGGAGGUGGAACAGAGCUCCGUGGUGGAGUUCCUCCAGGAGGUGCCCCGAGAAGCUGUAGCAGCAGGAGGCGCAGGGAGGCUGGCGGAGCUAAGAGGAGGCCCAGGGUGGCUUGCAGGGCUGCGUGGAGGAGGUGCAGGAGGAGGUGAAAGGGGUCUGGGGAAGGAGCAGGGGGAGUACCAGUACUCCCGUAACAAGAGGAGUCGUGAGCUGGAGAGGGAGCUACAACAGGAGUUAAAGGAGGAGCUGAGGCUAGAGCUGAGGGAGCUGAACUAUCAGAAGAGCCAGGAACUCCUGCAGGAGGUGACUCAGGGGCUACAUCAGGGGCAGGAGGUGACCCAGGGGCUACAUCAGGGGCAGGAGGUGACUCAGGGGCUACAUCAGGGGCAGGAAACGGGGCGAGGUGGACUGGACACAAGAGAGGAGGUACACCCUGAGUUGAGAGAGGAGUUACACCACGGGUUGAGGGAAAAGAUGGACAAGGAGAUGGACAAGGAGAUGGACAAGGAGAUGGGGAAGGAGAUGGGGAAGGAGAUGGGGAAGGAGAUGGGUAAGAAGAUGAGACAUGAGCUGAACCACAAACACAGGAAGACAAAGGGUUUCCAGAAGACUGAGAUACAGGACGACAUGAUGAUGAUGAUGACCUAUUCUAUGGUGCCGGUCAAGGUGUUGUUGGAUAUCUGUAACAGCACCAAGGGAGUCUGCAUAGCUGGACCACCCGGCCCUCCUGGACCCCCUGGGCUACCUGGCCUGCAUGGUCUGUCUGGGCACAAUGGCACUGAUGGCAUCCCAGGACUAGACGGUCUGCCUGGGCACAAUGGCACUGAUGGCAUCCCAGGACUAGACGGUCUGCCUGGGCACAAUGGCACUGAUGGCAUCCCAGGACUAGACGGACUGCCUGGGCACAAUGGCACUGAUGGCAUCCCAGGACUAGACGGACUGCCUGGGGCUGAUGGGAAACGAGGGAAGAGAGGUGAGAAAGGUGAGCCGGGGGAGAAAGGAGAUAGAGGAGACCCUGGACCCGCAGGAGAAAAUACACAAUCGUCCAACGAUGUCAUCUUGGAGGGCCCCCCAGGUCCGGCUGGUUCUCCUGGUACUCCAGGCCCCAUUGGCCCUCCUGGACCUCCUGGCCCACAAGGACCCCAGGGGCCCCCCAGAAACAGGAGCAACCGGGUCAAUCUUUCCAUCCACGCUGCCCAGACCCUGGAUCCGUCACAUGCUGUACCAAACGAUGGGACUCUGUCCGCCAAAGAGGCUGGGAAGUUACAAGAGAUACCACUAAAUAAGAAAAACGAGUGCAUCAUCAAGUCACUGAUCAACCCCCGUAACGUAUCUAAGAUGGAGAGUACGUUCGGAACGUGGAUGAAAGACACGGCUGUGCUGAACGACAAACGCAUCUGGGUGGCCGAACACUUCUCUGGUCGCACGUUGAAGGAGUAUAAGAGCAUCACCUCAUUCCAGAAUGCCACCAGUGAGGUCAUCGACGGCAGGAAGUUCUACCAGGGGUGUGGCCAUGCCGUUCAUAACGGUUCCUUCUACUAUCACAUUGCCGGAACCACCAACCUGGCCAGGUUCGACCUGCAGUCCAAGCGUCUCCACACCCUGGCCAUCGACAAUGCUCUGUACCACAACCUGUCCUACCUUCUCUACAACUCCAAGACCUACUUCAAGCUUGCGGCGGAUGAGAACGGCCUGUGGCUGAUCUUUGCCUCCAGUUUGGACGACAGCAUUAUGGUGGCCCAGCUGGACCUAAAGAGCUUCUCCGUCACAUCGUACAUCAACACCACCUACCCCAGGACCAAGGCCGGCAACGCCUUCGUGGCCUGUGGCGUGCUCUACGUCACCGACACCAAGGACACCCGUGUGACCUUCGCCUUCGACCUCCUGAAGGGGAAACCGGUCAACGUGACCUUUGACCUGAGGUCCCCUGGCGGGGUGCUGGCCAUGCUAUCCUAUAGCCCCAAUGACAGACACCUGUAUGUGUGGGAUCAGAGCUACGUGAAGCUGUAUGUGGUGCACUUCAUCUCUGAUGACUGAGACAGUGUUUUGAUGGUAUUCUGAGGAUGUUUUGAUGGUAUUCUGAGGAUGUUUUGAUGGUAUUCUGAGGAUGUUUUGAUGGUAUUCUGAGGGUGUUUUGAUGGUAUUCUGAGGAUGUUUUGAUGGUAUUCUGAGGAUGUUUUGAUGGUAUUCUGAGGAUGUUUUGAUGGUAUUCUGAGGAUGUUUUGAUGGUAUUCUGAGGAUGUUUUGAUGGUAUUCUGAGGAUGUUUUGAUGGUAUUCUGAGGAUGUUUUGAUGGUAUUCUGAGGGUGUUUUGAUGGUAUUCUGAGGAUGUUUUGAUGGUAUUUUUACAGUAUUCUGACAUUGUUUUGACAGUAUUCAGAUGGUAUUUUAAUGUUAUUCUGAUUAAAGAUGGCCAGCUUUUUAAAGUGCUUAAUUAAAGAUGAACAGCACUAGUGAAUAUUAUGUUUUUUUAAUUUAAUUUUUUAUAAUAUGUACAGCUUGUCUUUAGUUUUAUGCCAUCUCAACGAGGACUCUUUUCUAAUGGCUUUUUGGAACUGCUGGCUGGGAUAAAACACCCUUUUUGUGAAUGCUGCUAAAUUAUUUGUUUAAAUUGGAUUACAGCUUCCAAAGAUGCACACACUGUACCUUUUCCAAUGUAGAGUUUAACUGAAUAAGGGCUUAUCAGAGUAGAAAGUUGAUCAUUAUAAUAUAAUUGUUAGUCUAUAUUGUAUUGUGGCGAUGGUUUAAACAGUAAAAUAAUUGCUGUAGUUUUCCAUAUGAGAUCUUGGAAUGAUCUUUUUGUAAGGAUACUUAACCGUUUGACUUGUUAUAUAUUGUUUUUAUGUCUCUCACUUGUACAUUAUAUUUAUUUUGAAAAUGUAACUUUUUAAGGUCUACCCUGGAAACCUGGCUUUUUGUGGAGUUAAUACUAUUUAUACCUGUAAAGUCCUUACUAGACUUUCCCUGUGACUGCAUGAAAAAAUAUGUAUCAGAAAUGAGUUUCCAUAUUUACUUGGAUCCUACCAUGACCAGCAUCCCUUACAGAGAGCAAAAUGUUUUAAAAAUACCUAUAUCGGAAAUCUGUACAUAUGUUUCUUCCCGACAAUGAUAUUUGCCGCUGCAUGGUCUCUACUGAUUAUCAUGUCUAGAGAGAGAAAAUACAGAAACAAGCAUAAAAUCAACCUGAUGAAAUAAAAAUAAUUUAUUCAACUUACAAAGGUAUAACUUUGACCACGGUAGAACAGCCUGCUAUAUAUUCCUGUCUCUCUCUGGACUCUCUCUAGUUCUUUAGUUGUAGCCUCCCCAGUGAGCUUUAGAUAGAUAUAUACUGUAGAUACCUGAACAACACUUUACUUAAAGCACCUUUUUAUGAAGUGUUAAUAUCUUAUAUAGACAUGAAUAUCCCCUUAUAGAGCAUUAUGAAGUGUUAAUAUCUUAUAUAGACAUGAAUGUCCCCUUAUAGAUGUUAUAGAGCAUUAUGAAGCAUGUACCAUAAAGCAAAACAAGGCUCGGUACCUUUUUGUAAGGCGCCUAGCGUGUUAUUGCUUCACUGUGAUGUUUUUAAUGAUGCUCUAUGACUGCAUCUAUAAGGUGACCUAUGAAUGUUUAUAAGGCAUUAUAAAGCUUCAUAAGUACUAGCAUCAUACACACGACAGACGAGAGAAGGUAGAAUAUGUAAACAUAGAUGUCAGAGAUCAGACGUGGUACCCAGAGGGAGGGAAGGAAACACAAAUCUGUUUAAUAAUAAUACGUAGAAUAAUAAAAACAAUACAAACAUUUAACAAAAGAUACAACUAAUCCAGCUGGUAUUAUACGAAACAAAAAUUAAGUAAAACACUUUCAUGUUUGUACAAGCUGCUGUGGUAUUUCAUAUAUUUAUAUAUUAAAACUAUUUCACUUUUUACUACUAGGCCAAAUACAGCCAGACAUUCAUUUGUAUAUAACAGUAGUUUCUUUGUUCUUCCCAUAGCCUAUUUGUUUUGAAAUAAACUUUUAGUGUCCCCAGAUUUGAGUGCAAAUAUCUAUUCAAUAAGGUUUGUAAAAACAAUACAGUACAGUAGUAUCACCAAACACAAACCUAUGCCAUGUUGCACUGUCCCAGUAAAAUACAGUAUUAACCCCUUACAUUCCUAACGUAAAAGGCAAAAAGUCCAACACAAAUAACAACAGCCUGCAAAGAAACAACCAACCAACCAA